CUGCGAGGGGGAGGGUUUAAGCCGUGUGUACGGAAGUGGGAGCUCACUUCCGGUGUGUGCGCUGAGGAGGGAGCGGGUGCAGCGCUCCGAGCCCGGCCGGAACCAUGCCCCGCAAGAUUGAGGAGAUCAAGGACUUCCUGCUGACCGCCCGCAGGAAGGACGCCAAGUCCGUCAAGAUCAAGAAGAACAAGGACAAUGUGAAGUUCAAGGUGCGCUGCAGCCGGUACCUCUACACCCUGGUCAUCACGGACAAGGAGAAGGCUGAGAAGCUGAAGCAGUCGCUGCCCCCAGGUUUGGCCGUCAAGGAGCUGAAAUGAGCCAAUAAAUGGGAGUUUUGUUGUUGUUUGUUACAAUAAAUAAACCUGACUGUUCCCCA